ACGUUGGUCAUGGUCGUGACAAGCUCGAGCUUCUGCAGGAUCGCCAUGAUGACACGCAAGACUGAAUUACCCAGGCAAUGGAUGGCUCGCCCACCAGAUUAAAGACCUAUUUGUUGAGCAAGGCUAAACGGUCUUCAUAUCCAGGGUCAGAACGGAAGCCCGCGAGCAAGUCGUGAGGUAGGUUGGCACGCUGUUCCAGUUCAAACAUGCUUGGAUAGUGCUGAUUUCACGAUAGCGAGCUCGUCAAGCACAAGCCCAACGCGUGAUGAAAUGCGCUGGAAAACCUGGCACUUCGAACGCGGACUGGUGCGAGGACCACAAAGUCGAGACAGGUCGCUUAGACGUCCUGGGCGUGCUAACUGUGGUGGAUUCGUGCUACGAGCUGAGAAUCCACAUCACCCGUUUAGGCUCUGCUUGCAUGUACACAUUUAACGAGGAAGAGUUCUAGACUCGUCCUCCCUUCACCGAAGAAGACCCCUUCGACGAGAUUUCAUGGUAUACACGUACCCGUCUGCUCAGCGAACGUUCGAUCCAUCACUGUCCCAAUCUCCUUUUGCUAUGAAUUCGUGUGCGCAUUGGAGCAGACAUUGAUAGAGCGACCACAUCGCCA